UGACGUGCUUGGUGACUCGCUUAUUACAAAGAUGGCCGGCGACGAGAGGAACUUCUAAACACACACACACACAAAAACCCAAACAAACCCUGGAUAAAAACCCGAAGCUGAUUGUGAGUGUGGAUUUAACCCCACGGGAGCAUGCCCGGCGUGUCUCUGCACGGCUCCCCGCUGCAGUAGCCUCGCAAUCCCGACAUCAGUGACCGGGGCUGUGAUACCGGGCAAGCAAACAUCAAAACAGCACAGCGUGCCGGAGAGACGAGCCGACACACAUAUACUGAAACACCCGAGUAAUCCUUAAAACAUGGACCGGGCAGCCGCAUGCAACAGGGGCGGAGAUAACAGCGAGCCCAGCGAGCCCGGCAGCAGCAGCCCCGCCGCCCCGCCGGCCGCCAACGCGUUCGCAAACGACGGGAGCUUCAUGGAUCUCUUCAAGAAGAAAAUGGAAGCGGAGAAGAGGAAAAGGGAGAGAGGCGAAGGCGAGGAGAAAGAAGAAGAAGAAGCAGGAGCAGGAGGAGAGGGGGCGACGGGCAAAGAGCCGCCAGCAAAAAGUGGCGGUAGAGUGACGAGCAUUGUAAGAGGCUUCGCUGGUGUCGUGCUCAGCAGUGCCAGUGCCAGGCUUCGUAUAACGGUUGCAGUCUUCUGUCCCUUAACCCAGGUGGGCAAGAGGAGAGGCGGCGCCAAGCUAGCCCUCAAGACUGGGAUGGUAGCCAAGAAGAAAAAGUUGGAGUCGGAGGUCGAUGCAGACAAAGGAGACGCCUGGCACAUGUACAUGGCAGAGGUCCAGAAAUACAAAGCGCACCAGUGUGGUGACGACGACAAGACCCGGCCGCUUGUGAAGUGAGCCGCGUGCCACACAGGAGCGCUUCAGAGCAGCUCUCCCUCCCCCUGGCGACUCGCGAUCACAAUCACCCCCUCGGCUGUGGAGCGGCUUUAUCUGUGCCCCCCCCACCCUCUGUCUGUCCACCCCCCCAGAAACAGAACUGCUGUCAAAAUAAUAGGAGAUGCUUUAACCUUGCUCCAGAUCGUCGGGGUGGGGAAUCCCGUCUGAAAUUCUUGUGUUUUUUUUUUUUGAGGAUUUUGUCAUCUGCGUAUCAUCGGACUCUUUGGCAGUGCGGGGGCUGUUAUUUCAGUGCUGGGGGGUGGGGGUUACCCCUCUGUCGAUGGUAGCACACAGUGAUUGUAUUCUGCAGCGUAGUGCUGAGCUGUCAUGCUGUGUCAUGAGAUUGAACUGCCCCCCCCCAGCCCCCAGGUUGUGAUGUCAUAGUCGAGUGGAAAGGUGUUCGACUCCCCGUCUCUGUGUCUUGGAGGGAUUCAGAUGCACAGCCUUGAGUCUUGGAAGCCGGGACGUCUGAUAUCAAUCACUCAGCUUCUUCAAACGCAUGCUUUGGCUUUUUAUUAAAUUCGAUGUUGUUGUUAUUA